UGGUACCCGUUAGAUGAUUCUUAUGGGAACCCAGAGUACCGCACCUGUGAUGUCGGCCACCAACAACCAAAUACCUGGCUUAGAAGUAAUCUUAUCUCAGUCCCAAACAAAGUAAAAAAAGUUAAUAUUACCAUUGAAUACAGAACAGUGAACUGUACAACAUUUCGUACAACUAAUCUCUGUAGGGAAUAUUUCGACUUUUACGUGCAUCAGUCUACUACUUUAUCGGCACCUGACCCUUUACAAAGCAAAGCCACUUACGAGAAGAUUGCUGAAAUAACCUUGCCGACCCGUGGUAUUAAUGCAAGGAGACAUUUUGGUUUUCAAGUGAAAGGAACGUUCAUCGUUCUAGCGUUUCAUAACCGAGGCUCAUGUAGCAACAUUCACUCUGUCACUGUCAGUUAUCUUGUUUGCCCAGAGAUUACUGUUGUUAGUGGCUUGGUGUCCUUACCACGCUCUGUGGCUCCCGUUACUAACUCAGUGCCAGUUCAAGGAAGUUGUGUUACAAAUGCCAUCUACAAUAAAGGUAUUCUUAGCUUGGAAUGUAAAAGCGAUGGCGUUUGGAACAUCAGUUCACUGAAGGGAAGAUGUACUUGCAGGGAGGACACGGAGAAUAGUGGAGGAGAAUGCAAAGGUAAUAUGAUGACUAAAAACCUCGCGAUAACAAGUGCAACUAUAAAGGUUUUUGCACAUUAAUUCUCAACACGAUUAAUUAUGCAGCAUAUUCAAGAUACAUAGAGUUAAACCUAAACCUAAAAGUUGAGCCCUAAAAAUGUCUUUCUUCGAAAGUCAAAUCAUUUCCCAAUAGACAAUUUUUUUCAGAUUGGUUGAUUUUUAUCAGACACAGAUCAUGCGUCUUUGAUUAACAUAUUUCCUUAUUAUUAAGUUCUUUUAGAGUUGAUAAGUGCCCCCAAUUAGCUGUAUGGGUUGCUAUAUUAAAAGGGAGAUAAAGUUGAACUUGGUUAUCCACUAUGCCAAUGUCUAUGCCUUAAAAAGUUAAGUAUUGUUCUGAAUUACUUAUUCCUCUGAUGAAGCGCUUUGACUUCUGCGAUGAUUAUUGGCUUUGUCAGCUUCUCUUAAGAGUAUUUAGAUUCCCUAUAGAGAAAAAGUGAAACGGUGGAAAUCAUCUCAACUCAUCCGAGAGAUUGAUAAAAAAUUUUAAUUCUUUUUAUGUGUUUUCUCCUUUUAGAUUGUCCAAGCGAUAAAUUCAACGACCAAACUGGUUUUAAUUGUACAGGUACACAAGCAGAGAUAAAGUAAUUGUCAAUUUCGUCUAUUUUUUUGUGUUUUGAAUGGUACCUGUCCAGUUAACUUUAUCGGUACUAUUUAGAGGUAAUAUUUACACGUCAUGUUUUUCCUUUCAGUACUAUAACUUAAUUCUAUGAGCAUCUCUUUUAAAUAAAAAUGACACAAUUCCUUAUUGCCACCAUAGCACGCAGAUAAAACCCGGCAAAUACCUCAGAAUAUUUUCCUUAAAACUUGCUCGGACAGAUAAAUAUUCUGAAUAUAAGUUGAGGAAACGUGUCAGUACAUGCUGAAGAAAAGUGCGUUUUGCCGUAUUUAAUUGCAUGUUAGCUUAGUCUCCGAGGGUUUUACUUAAAAUCAAUAAGAAAAUAGACUACAAGGAACAGUUUGACUCUGAACAAACAUUGUCUGCAAUCCUCUAAUAUCAUCUCUUAAUAUAUGUGUGUUCAGUUAUUCCAUCCGCCCCGAAAAUUGUCCAAGUCAUCUUCAUUAACCAUAGCGCGUUGGAGUUAAAAUGGCAGCCUCCUGCAACUACUGGUGAUCAGACCCAAGUGUUUUACGACGUUGAAUGCCGUAAGCGAUGUGAAGGUGAAAACGACAACAAAUGCGAGGAUAUAUCUUGCGGGAGUGACGUCAUUUUCAUACCAAAAAGGAAUGGCUUGAACAUGACUUGCGUUACUGCUGGAAAUCUUUCUCCAUUUGUAAAAUACACCGUGAAAAUCCACGCCAGAAACCGAGUAAGCGAUUUGGCAAAGAGAAAAUAUGGAAUUGAGGCAAACUUCGGGGAAAUAACUGUAGGGACUAACGGACCAGGUGAGUAAGUUCGUGGACUAAAAAGGAUAUCACGCCAAUUACAAUCAAACGGUUUAUCUCUUGUGCAUUGUGCUCAAGUGAAAUCAUAUUUAAUUAUAUCCCUUUAGUAAUAAAAGAUGUAAAUUGUACAUUAAUGUUCUGAAGUUUAGAUUUACUCACAUAACACUUAAAUUAUUUAGAAGUAACCUCAAAUAUAAUAACAAAAUAAUUAAACUUGUGCUUUCGACUGCUUAUUCCUAAACGUUGAAAUAUAGCAACAUCAACGAAUCCCGUUGAAGAUCACUUGGAGCCUGAAUUCAAACAGGAACUAAAUUUUUUUUUCAGUUAGUGAUACAAAAUUUUAAAAAUAUUAUUAAAAAGUGCUUCCGUAGAUAUAGCCUAUAUCUCCGCCAAUUCAUUUCGCGGCAUUCUGCGCGAUGGACGUUCAAUAACUAAAAAUGAUCGAGGACGGGUAAGAAUGUUGCCGGAGGAUUUAAAACUAUUUUAGAAGAAAAUAUUUUCGUCACGCACAACCAUGAUUAAGAUCCAAUUCUGAUUGAAUCAGCUUCAUUAUAAUAAAUAAAGCAAUCCUGUCUUUUACCCGACAGAAUCCAAGGUAACAUUGCAUCUCAGAAUUAUCUAUGGACUGGCUGGUCUAUUUGUAGUUUGCACUGUGUUUUUUGCCUGGUACAUCAUAUACAACAGGUCAGUUUGGGAUCAUUAAUGAAAAUCAAAAUGAAGUUGCUAUUCUUGUAUGAGUUGCAAAUGUCUUGACGAGAUAUAAAGAAAUACCUUUAGCUCAAGGAAUUUCAAAAGUUCAACAACUGACGCAACAGGAUUAACAGAGAUUAUAUUGAUGCUAUUUUAUGGCCCAAAAUGUCGCUAAUUUGUCGUUUCCCUUCGGCUUUACCGAAAUAAUAAUUCUGUAAAGCCAUGACUAAAAUCAGUUUUGUGCCAUUCUUUGUUAGAUGGAACCGCCAAAGAAACGAACACCGUGCAUUCACCAGCGUAAUGGAGAAUGAGGGUAAGUUGCAAAAUCAUGUAAUUUACGUGUUUUAAAGCAGUGUCACUAAAUACAAUUUGCUGACAAUGAGCUUGAUAUGAAAUUACCGAUGUGUUAAAAUGCAAAGGCCAUUUGCUCAAUCUAUUUCGAUACCAAAGACAAAGCCAAAUUAAGAAAAACGGAAAAAUACAUUAAAUUGGUAACAAAAAAAAUUAACAAAGCAAAGACUGUCGGUGCGUAGUGUGAAACUACUAGUAAACGGCACAGGAGUCUCCAAAAAGGUCACCAUCCAUUUUUUUUCUCUGACUUAAGCACAUUGGCGAGAUCAACACAAACUGCCUUUGCAUGGACCAUCGAACCGCCGACGGAACGCACACCACAAGAAAAUGACAAAACUAAGAGAUUCCCGCGUUGUGGCGAACGAGGGUAAGUUACAAUAUCACUUCAUUUACAUAUUUUAGAGCAGUGUUACUAUGUUCGAUUUACUGACGUUGCGCUUGAUAUCAAUUUACCGACUUCUUAAAAUACAAAGAUGGUUUGUUAAAUCGUUUUCGAUAUCAAAGACAAAGUCAAUUUCAGAAAAAAACAACAAAAAGAACAUUGACCUGUAGGUGGUGUGAAACCACUGGCAAACAGCGCCAGAGACUCCACAUGGUAGUAACUUUUUUUCUGUAUUUGACUCAAGCACAUUGGCGGAAUAAACACCAUGUGUCUUAACAUGGACCACAUAUUUCAUCACUAAUCAUAAUUGUGUUGUUCCUCUUAUCACCAUCGAUUUUCAUAAUUAACAAUCUUUACGUAGACGUCGCAAUGAGUUCUGUUGCUGAGCGGCAAAAAGUGGAUGACUUUAGACUUGAUCGUGAUCAAAUAACAACAGUAAAGGUGCUUGGGAGUGGCAACUUCAGUCAAGUGUCCAAAGCAGUUUACAAACCUUUAAAUUCUGAAGUGGCUGUUAAGUCAUUGAAAGGUACCCUUCAUUUUUCUUAUCACUUCUAUAUAUAUCCUUAUGAAGAACAAAAAUCAAGUGGAAAAGUGGAAAAGCACUUUCUUAUUUUACCAACCUCUUUAUUUCCUUUUAGGUAAAGGAUGUAAAAGGGCUUUCUUUCAAAUUCAUUGUAAUUGAUGUCGUUUGAAUCUUCACUUAUGUUCUAGGCAACGCUUCAAAGAGGGACUUGGAAGACAUGCUAACGGAAUUAGAUCUCAUGAAAAUUUUGAAGCCUCAUCCCCAUGUUGUUGAGCUCAUUGGCUGUUGUAUCGAAAAAGGUACUGGACAUUUUAAAUUGAUUUCGGUUGGUUAAUUUCUUGAUGACUGACUAAUUCCACAUUCAUCGAAUUUCUUAUUUAUUGAAUUGACUGAUUCAGCACCGUUACAUACUUCUAGAUCCACUUCUCAUAGUGUUGGAGUAUUUACCAUACGGGGAUUUAUUGGGAUAUCUGCGCAAGAGCAGAGGGAUCGAGGAUGCUUAUAACACAGGAGAAAAGAGACCGAGCUCAGCACUUACAGAAAAGGACCUCUUAUCCUUUGCGUGGAUGAUCGCUGAUGGUAUGAACUAUUUGUCAGCAAUGGAGGUAAACCCUACAAUUCAUAUUCUGUUAAAGCUAAGUACCUAAAAUCUCACUACGCGUUAAGGUCAUGUGUGACGAAACAAGUUAUUUCCUAUACGACAGACAUUUACAAUAGAGCUCUGUUAUACCAUUCUACAAGGAAAGGUUUCGAAUCAUCUGUGGGUCUGUUAUACCUGCAAUCCUUGUGAAGUUAGCCGCUCUCCUAACAUUUCAAGGUCAGUUCUGUACCUACCCAAAUCAAGCGAUAUUAAGUGAGAUGAAAAGGAAUAGCCUGUAGAGCUUAUGUUAAAACAUCUCGGGGUAUCAAGCUUGUGUUAUUGUGCUGUAUUGCAGAUUGUUCAUCGUGAUUUAGCAGCUCGCAAUGUGUUGGUUGGGGACAGCAAAGUGUGUAAGAUUACAGACUUUGGUUUAGCCCGUGGUUUAAAGGGAGAUAUCCACAUUAGAAAAAAACAGGUGACUACAACAUGAACAUGAAGCUUUGCGCCAACACUCUUUAUAUGGUGUGUUUAUAUACAUAAUUUGAUAAUAAUGAAAAACCGGUAAAUCGCGUUAAGACUCAAUGACGUCUUGUACAAGCAAAACCCCUCAACUCGUGAAUAAAUCAUUCGCAACGUGACUGUUCGUGGCACUAUUCUUACAAUAAUACUCAGUUUUCCUUAGUUUGAAAUUUUAUUCGAUAGUUAUUUGAUUUUUUCUUUUGAAGGCUCGUCUUCCAGCUAAGUGGAUGCCCCCGGAAUCUCUCUUCCAUAGCAAAUCUUCCACCAAGAGUGACAUGUAGGUUGUUUACAUUUAUCCCAAAUUUCCCCAAGAUUUCGACUAAUUUGCCAAACCGAUUGGUCGAUUGCCUCGUUAAUUAGCUGCUCUGUUAUCCUUCAAAUAACGUAUAGCGAAAAUUAGUUGGCAUGUUACAGAGAUAUGACGUCCUAAAAAGCUGAGGUCGUUAGGUAAUGAAUUGUUCACUUUUUUCCUUUUUCAAAUAAUUUUGGAAAAAAAUUCACCGGAAACAGCACCGACAUGAAAAAAGCUGCAAAUUGUCACAACGAUUUUUCAAGAGAACAAAUUUUUUUUUAGGAUGAUAGGCAAAUUGGCCUGCCUAUUUACUUACGUUGUCAUGACUCUUUCAGAUCAAGCGAAGUACCACACUUUGCGCCACACUUAUUCAUUCUUAAAAGACUUUUUGAAGUGAUCACAUUCUGAUCAAAAAUAGAUGUAUUCUGUUUCUUUGACUUGAAACCCGUUUCAAGCGGGAAAUCUAGGCAAUGCACAGCUAAUAGUUUAAAGUUAUGAUACUUUCGAUUAUCAUAACUACCUUUUUUAUUUCGAAAAAUUAUGUCAUUUUCUGCCAUGCGACACUCGGUUAUUGUAAGUGUACAUAUAUAAUCAGAGUCAUGGUGAUAUCAAAUAAGCUCAAAUUGUUCCUUUUCGUCUGUCAUCUACAGAUGGUCUUACGGUAUUGUGAUGUGGGAGGUGUUUACCAUUGGUAUGUAUUUAUUGCGAAGAACUCUUUAAACUAUUUAAAAACUAGAAACUUUCUCCUUUCUUGCCUUUGCUAAAUCGUAAAUAGUUACUUGUUCUUUUAAUCACACAAAUGAAACCCCUUAUUAUCUAACAUAUAUAUCGAUACUAUGUAUUACCGCUGCUAACGCAGAAAGCAACAGUAUUGGUUGACCGGGGUUUCUAUAUAAUCGGCCUUUUUUAAGACUUUUUAACACGAUCGAGAUACUAUCUCCUAAGUGGCUUCAUUUAUAAUUGUCUGGCUCGCCCGAAACAGUGUAGAGAUGCGCAGUCAUCGAAAAAACGAGGAAGGGAACUUAGUAUAAGGGGAAACGAGAAUCGCCGGAAUUAGUUGAUGUUAUGGGGUUUGAUCGCCCGCGGGAGGUCUCGAUAUAACCUGUGCUAGAGAAGGUUUUUUUUUUUUUUUUUUUUUUUUUUUUCAUUCAAUACGAUAAUGCAGAAACCUGGGGAGCCUUUCAUUUGAAUGACAAAUACUCACCUCGACAAAAGGUACAAAUAUCAUCUGGAACCCUAUUUUGAUUGGACGAGAAUUGGUGAAAACUGUUUUUCUUAGGAUUUUAAAUUGGAAAUUUCUGAUAAACAUUUCGGAAGAGACAGCCUUCACUUUUCCAAUCGCUUUAGCAAUAAUAAAGUCGAGUAGGUCGAAAUCAUCUUUUCGCCCCUUGAGACUUUUGCCUUUUUCCGAAACAAGCAACUAAUAAAAGUGUUUACUUUUACAUUAACACUCGGGAUCGAAAUUGAAUGAAAUAAGUGAUUAUUAAAUUACACGUUGAUUAUUGCAAAUGGCACAUCUGGACCAGCCGUAAUUGAAGUGUAAACCCAAAUAUUAAUUCAUUCAGGGGAUUGGCUAAUCUGAAAUAUAAGACUGAACGAUUUAUUGCAAUUAGAUAAAAUGCAGAAGAGAAUAUUCAGGCUAGAUAGAAAUUUCUCAUUAAUAAUGGACUUCCAUCUACCAGAAUUAUACGACUUACGUAUAUAUUAGGUACGACAUAGCUUAAAUACAUAUUUUUACUUACUUAAAGACGUAAAAAUGUGGAAAAGUCAAAACAUAAAAAAAAAGUGGGCUCUGGUUCUACAAUUUACGAUAACAACAACGUGAUUCGCGCAAAAUUUCAUACCAUUUUCACGCCAUGGCACUUGAGGGUUGAAACAUUGAUAUGGUAACGUUUUGUAAGAUAACUGCGGCAAAAAAAAGGAAAAGACCUUCGAAUAUAAUAAUAUCCAAGAAACACCCAUGGAAAAAGCGAUUCAUUUCGUUCCCUUUCGGCGCAACGAUUGCGUAAGUUUUCCGAGUCAAAGAUGGACGCCCUUGGUUUUAUAUCGAGACCAAUUAUGGCAUGUUUUUAAAAUAGCUUGUCUGUUUUAGCAAACAAUGUCAUUCAUUAUUUUCAGGUGAAUCCCCAUAUCCCGGGGUAAAACCUAAAGAGAUAGCUGGCUUACUGCGGACAGGAUAUCGCAUGCCUAAGCCAUCUUACAUCUCACAAGAAUUGUAAGUAGUUUAAGAACUCUUUUAUUUCACCCACUAUAAACAUCAGUGAUUCGAUAAAUAACACAGAUCACAAAAUUAAUUUUCUAUUACCUUUUAGUUCACUUUUAAAAUAUACAGUAAAAUUGACGUGAAAUGAAAAAUUUGUAAGAAAAGCGUAAGUGUCAUUCUCAUUGAAGGUAUUCCAUAAUGUCUAACUGUUGGGAAGAGCAACCAGAAAAGAGACCUUCAUUUCAGUGGCUCUGCUCUGCAGUUAAGCGACUUCUGGAUGAUCACAAGGUUUGUCAGUCGGUCUUCCCCAAACAUUUUUUCAUUUCGUGAUAUGUUUUUGUUUACUAUCAUGAUUAGUAAUGCUUUGUUUUUCUUUCCUUUUUCUUUAAACAAAAGCAAAAACAAAAAACAUUUAUCUAAGCUAAUCUUUUGCUCAGUAAUUUUUUACUUUAAAAUCGAAGUUUACAUAACCAUAUAGAAGUGCAGUAUUCCUGACACAUAAAAAAGUGGGAGUGUGAGGAGAAACUGGCGUGAUUGUAAGAUUUUGGAAAGGAAACGAAACAGAAGAAUUAAAACUUUAUAUUUUUCAAUCACAAAGUUGUGUAUUUUUGGAUACCUGCAUCUCAAAGAGUGGAAAAAUAUUUCGAUGGUCUAUUUGAUGUCGUCUCUUUUAGUGAUCAUUUUUCGAGUCCAGGUAUCGCUCUCCAAAACUUCAACACUUUGAAUCCUCGCACUGUUAUGUUCAUCGCAAGCUAAAUUGGACGUCUAUAUUUAUCCUAAGCUAACUUGAAUGCGUUUUGGGGAAAGAGACACGUCGGAUAACAGCCGUAGAAACAUGUAAAAAAUAGGACUUUCAAAUCAGGAACUAAACCUAGUUGAUGGACUGAGGAAUAAAUAUAAAGCAAGGAAUGGGUGUGUAGAUUUUCUUGACAAAGAGUUUUAACUUUUUAUUCGAAACAUGUCUCAUCUAUCUAAUCUGCUCACUAGACAUAUGUCAACCUGGAAGUCUACGAUGGCAAGGACUACAUCAACUUUGAUAUGAUGAUGGACGAAGAGUGAUAAAGGAUGUCCAAUGUUACCACCAAGACUAAAGGUCAAGUGUAAUUGACAUAGAUUAAAGCGAUAUUUAAGUUUCAUCUUCUCUGUUCCAAAUAAGAUAAGUUAAAAUAGUGUUUAAGAUGUUUUAUGUUCUAAACUUAACAGAGUAAUUAUUCAGAUUUUGCACUACCACAAACCUCAUGUAAGAUUAUAGAUCAGUGCGGCAUAUAGAAAUGAAAAAUGGAAAACCUUUCCAAGUCUAUCUGCUUGAUUAUAUAUGCUUAUUGAAAAAGAAAGUUAUAUUCAGUCUUAGUUUUAACUGAGAGAUUUAAAUUAACAAGAACAUGAAGCAUUCCUUUUUUCAGUUUAGUGAGGGUUUCACACUCUUUAAUUUUAAAAUUAACGGUCAUUUAAUAGCUUUCAAAGCGGAAAUUAUCCAGAUACUGGGCAACAGUGCACCUAAUCACACAAAAAAAGGAAAUUUCUGAUCAAGUAAUACGCUUCAUCGAUCUCUUCAAUUUCUAUCUCUGCCAUUGUAAAGUGUAAGCUUCAAUUUACUUCUAGCCGCACUUUAAAAUUCCAAAGAGUAACGAAAAUUUGCGAAAACCAUCUUUAUACGAGCCAAAAAUUCGAUUCACGAUGAAAGUCGCCAUUUUGAAAACAACCUGUCGCACAUGAAUAUCUUCGCAAACUACUCUCGCAGUGGUCAUCAUAAAAAAACUAUUACAUUUAAUCUAAAAUGCCCUGUCAAAGUUCCUCCUCAUUGUUCAAAUAGAUGGAAGAAAAAGGUCUCGUCACCGUUAAGCAGCAGUGCUAUUAGGUUAGAUUAAAAACGGCAGCGUAUAUAAUCGAAUUUUCCAAAACUUUAUUGGUUUGGCUUUUUUGUUUUCUUUAUUCUAAAUCACGCGAAAGCGUAGCAGUUCUUACGAAGGGAAUAAUAAGAAUUUUAAGUUCAUCUUAAGACAAUACUUCGAGGCUUAGGUUACCCUUUGGAAACUAAUCAGGAAGUCAGAGUCAUAAGUUGUGAUAUGCCUUUCUUUGGUGAGAAUAACAAUUAAACAGUAAUUUAAAACACUGGGUUUCAUUUCCUUUGUGUCUGCAUUCCAGUAACAAAACUUUAGUAGAAGGAGUAAAGUGAAUGACGUCUGCUGAAAAUGUACGUGAAAUUUGCAGCACAAAUAUUUUUGAGUACGCGAUAUCAAGGUUUGUGUUAUCAAUAGUACAUUUUUAUUCCAAUAUUAUAGUUUUGAAAGAUUGCACUAUAUCACAAAUUAGAACAUCAACGUAGUUGUAACUUACUUAAGCCAUGUUUAUUCCUGGCAUUUUAAAUAAAAUUACAUUUUAGAGUUUGAGGUAUUUUGUCUCUCUCCGCUUUAAAGUGAGAUUAGUAUUCGUUUCAGCAGGUCGUGUGCAACGUCCAAAUAUACGAUUUCUUUAUUUUUCUAAAUGUAGUUUGAUCACUUGACUCUAUAAAGUUCACUUGCUCCACUGAACCCAGAAUACAUUUUGGAUUUUUUGCCCUUAGAAAUCCAAGUUCGGCUGACAUGUUUGCAAAUAAAAUUUCAAAUAAUUUGGUUCGUGUAAAUGGUAAAGGUGCCCUUAUCAAAAAAGUAUCGCUUGAGGAUCACGUAUAUCUUUGUUGUUGACGGUUUAAGAAUCCACAAUUUGUGCCGUUAUUGCCUCAACAUCUACCACCGACUGUCGGUGUCUUUCAGGGGUGUGACCUGUUGAAAUAUACAUGUAUGAUUGAUCUGAGCUUAUUAUUCAUAUUUUACCCCGAGAUAAAAUAUCCAUUAGGCUGUCUGCGAUCAGUCUAUUAUACUUAAAGCAUCUCUCAACCACCGAGAGGGACGUGUAAACCGACUUUACCGAGAAAUAAUAUAUACUGCGGCUACGAAAUUGUUUCAGCAGGUACGUAGGAACUAUAACAUAUGGCAAUUCUAUGUUAUGAUUAUUGACAAACAAACUGCCUUGUGCGCAAUACAAACAGAUAAUAAUUUUCACCCCAAUACCGUUGCAAGCAGGCCAAGUCGCUAAAAAUGUUAAAACGAAACUCUCAACUUCGUCGUGGACUUAACGAGGUUUUAAUUGUUUGCAUCUCGCCUAAAUUAAAAUAUAACUGGCUGCUAACUUAAAAAGCAUGUGCAGUACUUACGGUAAAUGUUAUCAUGAACCCACGAAUAAAUAAAGCAAAUAACAGAAAAAAAAAAGAAUUAUAUUAUGGUCCAUUAGCGGGACUCUUGAUUUGGGUCAAAUCUAAAUUACUACACGAAUGCAGACUAACUUUCAUAACCUAAUUGCAUGGUCAUUACUUGGUUGACACUCGCAUUGCUAUAUCCGUUAGAGGAUCAAGGAGAGCACAUGAUAGAUAAACAUUUACUUUUAUCACAUUUCCAUAGAACACAACUCCAAAUAUGGGCGAAAGAAAUUUGCUGAUAGAACUUAAUUGUAUAAAAUGCUUCAAUGGCCUUAGUGACACGUCACAGUAAACAUUCUCGAAACUAGACGCAUUCCCCGCAAAGCAAUAUCAACGGAAGUUGUCCUCUAUGAACGGAAAAGGUGAAAUCAACUUGGUGUUUUUUUCUGCUAAAGCUGGGUUUUUCUUGUGGCAAUACUACAAGGUGACGUUGUUAGGUUUCAGGGGGCGACAAUAUCACCCUAACGUAAUAUUUAACGCAAAAACCCGUUGAAAAUACGCCCAGUUUUUGCGGUAUCGCUUGAUGUUUGUGCUGUGUCUCGUUUCGUGAAUAAGCCAGAAGAAUCCUGUUGAAAUUUCCAUGACUGCUUUAGACUUGCAGGCGAAGGUCACUGCCUUAAGUAGGAAGUCUUACUUUCUUUUCCAAUUCUUUAUCUUUAAUGCCAUAAUUAGCAUCUUCGAAUAUUCACGCUCUGAAAUUGACUACACCAAAGAGCUAAAGAAGAUUUUCAAAGUACGAUCAAUUUUGACCUGUCGCUGUAUCGGUUCUUUUCUAAGCCGCUCUCAGCGAUGCACCGAUACUUAACGGUUAUUCAAUUAUUUUCAGUUAGAGCUGGGCCCAUGGAUCAUUUGUGGAGCAAUUUCCUUCCCAUCCUUAUUCUUGUUGCCGGCUUAGCCUCGUCGGACCAAGAAGUUCUGAUAGAAAAGCCUGAGUGUGAUUCAUGUUCAUGGAAUUGGACGAUAUUACAGACUGCUGAACCUGGAUACACAGGGGUUAGUGUUCAUGUGCGAGGAAUACCUCAAUUCUCCAUAGAAUUCAUCUAAUGAAUGGUUUUUGAGAAUGGUGUGUCUAUUAUUUCUAAUUUCAUAGGUAAAAAAUGCAAUCCCUUAUUAACAGCCAGUAGGUCUCUGUUUAAGUAUAUGGCAUCAGCCAAUAGUUUCAACAUAAUUUUAACGACAUCGGCCCGCGUAAAAUUUCAUUUUUCGCGUGAAUUUAACGAAAAAUUGCGAGGAUGCUCCUCUUCAAAGUAAUGCCGAUCAACCAACUUGAGUUAAUUGCUGCACAAAAUAGAAAGCGAAAGUUCGUUUUUUGCCGCUCGUCGUUUUCCAUAAACAUCUGCUUAACCUCACUUUUAAUGUAUUGGCCCCUUGACAAACCUGACAGUAUCACAGCACUGAGAAAUUCUUUAUUUUCUUUCUUCAUUCAUUUAUUCAUUCAUCUUGUAAUCCACUUGCUUGUUAUUUUUUCCUUAUUUUUGUCCUUUACCUAUUAAAUUUAUUUGACGUUUAUGAUAUGAUGUUUUUAUUUUUUGUACACUGGUUAAUUUGUCUUUGUUUAACUAUGCUUCGACGUUUUUUUAAAUCGCAGUGGUACGAAAAAGGCUCCUCUCCUGAAUAUUUAGCGUGUAUCAAUAACUUCAACGCAUCUACAUCGAGACCAAACAGUUGGCUGAGAAGUGACAAGAUCACGGUUAAUGAAGCUAAGAGACUUGAUGUAACUGUUCGGUAUUUCAUCGCAGAUUGCUCUUCCAUGGGGAAAAAAGAAGAAAAUAAAUGCGUGAGUGCUAUCGACUUGUAUGUCAAACAGUCAAACCAGGAUAUUAUAGACAAGUCAAACUAUCCAAAUCCUCUAUCACACACAACUUCAUAUGAAAAAAUAGCAGAACUGGGACACCCAACCAAUGUGAAAACAUCCAAAACAGUAUCAGUAGUCAUAAAAGGAAAAUUUCUCUUCUUAGCAUUCCAUAAUAAUGGAGCGUGUAGUAUCUUGUACUCUGUCAAAGUUAGUUACAACUUUUGCCCUGAGAAGACACUCGGCAACAACUUGUUAGUGUUACCCAGAACAGCAGCACCAGCGAAAGUAUUGGAAAUCUCACGUGUUGAGGGCAGAUGUAAAGAAAAUGCGGUUCAAUUGUUUAGCAGUCUGCACGCCUAUUGCGAUAGUAGAGGAAGUUGGAACAAAACUUCGUUUGAAGGGAGAUGUAUUUGUAAAGAAGACAUGGAAAAUACCGACGGAAGAUGUCAAGGUAAGGUUGUUAGAGUAGUUUUCAAGUGAGUGUCGACUAAUAAAAACAAAUAAUAAUCAUUAUUAUUAGCUAAUAAGAAGUCAAAGUUCAAACAAGAAAACUGUCGCGGUUGUUUUUAGUUUUGUAUCUGAUCGGUUGAGAGGAUUGCGGGAGUUUUCUUGAACAAUCUUGAAGUAAACUUACUUCCUAAAUGACCGAAUCAUAAAUUACUUUCGAUACUUGAUAUUUCCAACCUGAAUCCAUGUUAUCCCUCCAUAUCUAUUUUCUGGCCUUUCUGAACACGUUGCAUAUUCAAUUUUCUUUAAUUUCCUGCUGAGUGUUGUGUAAUAUUGAUUUCCUGUUUAGGUAGGGCGGUUUCCUAAAAUACUUCUCACAGCUGUACCAUGACUGUAUUUACCAAUGACUAUAUCUCAUUUUAAUUUUAAUAACGUUGCUGUUCUUGUUGUUGUUCUCGCUGACCACGUUAUUACUGUUGAUAGACACAUGGUAUAUUAUUUUGUGUUUUCCUCUCAUUUGACUAUAGAUUCCUGGAUAAAUAAUCAUUUUCAAAUAUCGUUUCAUUGUCCUUCUAAUUUAAAAAACUCUCUCAAACUAGUUUCUUCCUGAGGAAAACGUUCUUCUCGUUUCAGCCUGUCCAAAUGGAAAGUAUAACGACGAAAAAGGUUUCAACUGCACAAGUAAGAAAUAAUUCAAACUAUUUAACUGGGUUGUAUUGGCUACAUGGCAAUUUCUUCUUAAAUUGACGACUUUUCCACCGAAAUAGUUCUAUUUCCUCCCUAAUAAUCUUCUGAUUAUAGGUUUACCAUCAGCUCCAAGGAAUACCACUGUUGCCUUUGUUAACCAAAAUGUAGUCGAAAUAACCUGGUUGCCGCCUGCCAAAACCGGCGAUCAUACAGUUGUGUCUUAUGACGUCGAAUGUUUGAUAAGUAAAGUAUGUAUCAACUCUGCCUGUUUAUAUGAGCCUUGCGGGGAUGACGUCGCUUACAGACCAAAAAAACAAGGCCUGGAAAUGACCCAUGUGACCCUGGAGGGUCUUUCGUCGAAAGUGAAUUAUACUCUUAGAAUCUACGCCAGGAAUAGGGUGAGUGAAGUGGCGAAAAGAAGAUACGGAGUCGAAGGAAAGUUCGAGGCAAUCAGUGUACGGAUGAAAGAAUCUGGUGAGUAACAGAGUCUGCGCAGUUUACACAAAAUUAAUUAGAAUUGACCGCCUCACUAUCUCGAGAAGCUGGGAAAGAGUGUUUAACAAUUUCAAAGACUGAUUUCUAAAGUUACAAUGAAAUUUCAAAUGCAGACAGUUGCGAUCGUUAUUACGAUAUAUUUUUUAUAAAGUUGACAGUGGUUGUUUUUAUGGGCUAACAUGUGAUUAAGCACAUCCAUGAGUAUACUAUCCAACCUCUUGAACUGGGGAAUUUGGGAGGAAGCUUCAUAAAGUGAUUUAGUAAGAGCAAAGCAAUGAGAUGUGUACCGUAACUUGCAACUCAGAAUAGAGUUGUAUAUCGAAGAAAAUCCUGUCAAUUUUUCAUUGGUAGCAUAAGACAAGAAUUUCUUACAAGCUAACCUUUUUUGCCGAUUUUUAUCCCUUUUAGUGGCUCCAUCUAUGAAAGCCCUGAAAACAGAAGGUAAGUAACUGCAAAAAUAUAAACUUGCACGCGAAUACGAGACCAAUAAAGGCUCUCCUCCACAGUACACGAUCUUAAAAGCAUUUGGCUUUAUUGAUUGUUGUCUUAAAAUCGCCAGAUCAUCACAUUCUGGAGUGCUUUGCUGCUUUCAUAACCAGCCACGCUAGCACUGUCUGCUUAAGGAGAUUUUGUUCCCCCUUUCAGAAUGGUUGAACACAUGGGCUCGAUGAGCUGUCGUUUCUCACGGGACAAUUUUCAACAGAGCAAAAUUGGGCCAGGCCUUUUUGCAACACACAAAUAACAGUUUAAGUCUAUCUGUGUGACCCCAAAAAGCUCAGUUCUUUAAUAGGGGAACGUGCAAUAAUCUUAAUGUAAAUUUAUUACAAGAACCAAAAUAUUCGGCGAAGACUGGGUAAAAGAGUGCAGCCAUUCAAUGGUGAAGCCAAUGACAUGGUAACAAUAGGCAGCCAUUCAAUGGUGAAGCCGGUGUCAUAGUAACAAUAGGCAAUGGUGAAGCCAGUGUCAUGGUAACAAUAAGCAGCCAUUCAAUGGUGAAGCCAAUGACAUAGUAACAAUUGGUAAAUAUGUAAAAAUAAAUAAUUUCUGGUAACUUUUCUUACUAAUACUUGUUAUUAUAAAUUCUUCUGCAAUAGAUGCUUAACCCUUUGACCCCAAAGAGUGACUAGCAUCUAAUUUCUCAUUACUCACCCUUUCAUACGCGAUAAGGUCACGAGAACAACGAAAAUGAUCACCAAGUAAAGCGGUGCUUGAUUGUUAAGGACACAUUCUCCUUGUCGGCACCUUUGUAAAUGUAUGGGGAACAGAAUGGAAAAUAUGCAUACUAAUGUUAGCUAAGGGUGUAAAGGUUUAAUUCCUUAACGAAAUCAUUGAGCUAUGUUCCCAAUAUUGUGUGCUUUUUACUCCACAGACUCAAAGGCUGUCAUAUAUCUGAACAUUAUCUAUGGAUUUGUUGUCUUAUUUGCACUUUUCAUAGUUGGCUCUGUAUGUUUUAUCAUUUACAGAAGGUCAGCAAACUCUAACUGCAAAUAAAAGCCACAAUUAAUUCUAAUAAAUUUCAGCUGCGGGAAACUGUUCAAAUAAAUAACUGCCAGACAAAAAUGACUUCAAAUUGUGCCUAAACUUGAACAAAAUUCAUUCCUGCCGAAAUGAGGCCUGGAUGUCCAAUGCUAGAGAAGGUUCACCUCACAUUGUUAAUGAUACGACCUUGUAUCGACCUCAUCGCUUACAUAUGUACCCUGUCUUAACAACUUUUGGCAUAUUCGGUGCUGGUUGCUGGUUGCAAGUAAGAGUUAAUAAAAAGCACAUCUUCUUACAAGAAAAUGUGAACUAGCCCUUGUAAUGAUGUGCAUUAAUGAUGCAUAUUAUGAGAGUAACUGUAAUGAGCUUCAACGUCUAAUUACUUGUUCUUGUAAAGUAGAUGUCGACACCAAAGAAAUAGGGACCGUUUUGAGGAACCUGAAACAGCAGAGCCUACAGGCACCAUGAGUUUAGAGCCCGGAAAAGCAGAAUCUACAGGCGCUAUGAGGGUAGAGCCAGAAAAAGCAGAAUCUCUCAUGAGUGCGUACGAUAGUAAGUUUCAAUCAUUUUACCGUUUUCCACGUUUUUGCUUUAUUUAAUUGGUUUUUCUCCAAUGAAAUAUCAGAAAAUCGUUAUAAUUUCAUGGCAAAAAUCAAAGACUUCUUGACGAUAGCUUUUUAAAUAUAUGGGUAGAAUGAACUUUAAUAUAGCUCCGUUCAACUGUUAGCGCAAUUCAUAAUUCAAAAUAUAAAUUAAAAUUAAAAAAAAAGAUUAUCCGAAGGACAAUUCCUCUCGUAAAAUAAAGUUGUCCUUCGAUUUCUUAAUAUAUAUCACGAAUCAUAUCAUUUCUAGAUGUGGCACUGUGGACUGUAGCCGAGGGUCAAAAUGAGGAUGGCAUUCGACUUAUCCGUGAUCAGAUCAAAACAAUUAGAUUUCUAGGGAAUGGAAACUUUGGUCAAGUUUACCAUGCAGUUUACGGACCUUUACGAACUGAGGUGGCGGUGAAAUCACUGAGAGGUACUUUCCAUUUUGCUCACAAGUUUUAGCCUCUGAAAUACUUGUCUCUGACUGGAUUCAUUACAAAGUUUUUUGAAACCACAAGUUCUGUUGUUGCGUUAAAAACCUCAUGGAACGUGUUUGUUUGUCACCUUUUGAAGACGAUGCCACAAAGAAGGACCUACAAGACAUACUGACAGAACUAGAUCUUAUGAAAUCUUUGAAACCUCAUCCUCAUGUUGUAAGACUCAUCGGAUGUUGUACAGAAAAAGGUACUAAGUUUGAUUUAUCGAUGAAAUCAUCAGCUGAUUGAUUAUUUACUUUGAUGUAUGGAACGAAUGAAUGACUUAUUUAUUGAUUAGUUUGUGUAUUAUUUAAUUUUUUUCAAUUCUAGACCCAAUCAUGAUAGUUUUAGAGUAUUUACCAUACGGUGAUCUGUUGGGAUAUCUGCGCAAGAGCAGAGGGAUCGAGGAUACUUAUAACUCAGGAGAAAAGAGACCAAGCUCAACACUCACAGAAAAGGACCUCUUGUCCUUUGCGUGGAUGAUCGCUGAUGGUAUGAGCUAUUUGUCAACAAUGAAGGUAACCUCAGUAGUAACUUGAAAGGUCAAUACAGUCUUACAUAGUCUUAAUACAUAAGUAGAAGCUGAAACUUGUUGGUUUAGUAUUAUACAAAAAGCGCCGACAAGUUAUACUUUAGUGACAAGGUGACCGAUGUCGAGAAGACCUUCGAAACGUAGAAAGGAAUGACAAGGACGCAUCCAAACCAGUCGCUAGACACUUUAAUUUCCUUAGUCAUUCUAAGCAGCAUUUGGCACUCUACGGCAUUUCCUUUCAUAUGGGUAGUUUAGAAAGCCGCAAAACUCUAGAGCAAAAAUUUAUCUUUCUAAGCGGCACUCUUAAUCCCCAAGGAUGCCUUUUUAGAAGACUAAUUUCUUCCUGUUUUUCUCGUUAUCAAUAGCGUAGCUUCAUUUUCUUUAUAUAAAACCACACAUCCCACAAUUCCUCCAUUCGCUCCGGGGAAGGGCUAACACUCGAAACGUCAGCUUUGAAUCUCUUUACGGUGGCUAAUUUACAUCAUCAACUUAGUUGAUAAAACCAAUUUAUCUUCAUGUAAGGUCAGUGAUGUCUUGUAUACAUAAGUAUCCAUGCCAAAGUGAUGCUACAAUCAAAUUACCUCCUGAACUAUAAUGUUAAAUCCAGCUUUAUUUUAGACACUCCUCGUUUAGUGAAACAUUGCACUUACAUGUUUAUUAUCCGGCUUAAUGCAAUUGGCUGGAGUCUAAAAUUAUCCGUAUUUAAACCCUUAUUGACUGUUUAUCGAUCGAAAAUAUCAAAUAUGGCGGUAUGACAAACACUAUGCCAUUACACUCUUUUUCUUUCUCAGGUUGUUCAUCGUGAUUUAGCAGCCAGAAAUGUGUUAGUAGGUGACAAUAAAGUGUGCAAGAUAUCAGACUUUGGUUUGGCACGUGGUUUGGAGGGCGAUGUAUACAUGAGAAAGGCUAAGGUGAUUCUAACGUCACUGAAUUAACUUGAAAACAUUUUUGUAAAAGUUAGACUUAUACAAAAAUGUUAGAUUGAUUUUUGCUUUUUCCUUUCUUCCUUUCACACUCUACAACAAAUCAAGUUUUUCUUUCAUUCAGGCAAGGGUCCUAUACAGUUAGCUACCAAUUUAUGCACAAGUCUCAAUUAGCACGUUACGAAAAUCUAAGAUCAACGCAAAUCUUGCAAUCAGGAAAUUGACAUUCCUAGAACAUUCAAAUUAACAAUUCUAACAGUGACUAAGGAUACGAUAGAAACCCCAAACAUAAAAAAAAGAAAAAGAAAGAUAAGAAAAACAACUUUAAAAAAGGUUAGUGAUUAAAACACGCUGGAUUUCCAAAGAACAGAUGACUACCGAGGUGUCGUUAAGGAACACUGUGCUUUACAUUUAGUUGCUUUAAUGUUUAUCAUUUCAUGACGAUAUAUACUUGUCUUACAACUUGAAGGCUCGCCUCCCAAUCAAGUGGAUGCCCCCAGAAUCUCUUUUGUAUGGAACCUCUACCACUAUGAGUGAUGUGUAAGUUGUUUCAAAUUAAGCACAAGACUUUUUCUCACACUGAAUCAUGAGUUCAUCAAUCCUCUAAAUAAUACAGUCCAAAAAAUGUCUAAUUUUCCCCAUUUAAACGCUUUCUGAUUAAAAAAGAAAAAAAGAAGGUCCCAAAGAGUAGUCAGAAACGUUAAAAAACGUAGCAGGUCAUGAUUAUAGUUUACAGUAAAGUUUUAGUUCUUCAUAAGAAAAAAAUUAACAUCUGAGAGAUUGGAAAACUGAGUCAUGCAGUUAAACAUCUUUGUAAGAGACCAUGACACAUGCAAUUUGAAAGAGAUGGUUUAAGAAAGGUAAUGGAGGUCUGCUUUACGCAAAAUCCAAACCGAGGCAACAACACUAAAAAGUCUAUGAUAGACCUCUGGAAAAACUGUUCAAACAAAGAUAUCAUUUCAAGUUUUGUAUGAGCUUGAUAUUCCUUGAAAGUACUUCGUCAAAUCAAUGGUGUAAUAAAGACCCUCUGAGAGGUUGUUAAUGACGCAAAUAAACCUCAUAACGUAAAAUUUUCCACUUUGUCUUUCUUUUACAGAUGGUCUUACGGCAUUGUGAUGUGGGAAGUGUUCACCAUAGGUAUGUGGAAUACUUUAUAGAGAGGGAGUGGUUCUACAGGUCAGCAAAAAGCUUAUUAUUCACAAUUUUCGGUCAGCUCAUACAUGCUGUUCUCAUGAAUGAAAGAAGGUCAAAUUCUGUUUUAUCCAACUAACACUGUAGCUUACGGGUUCUGAGUAUUCAUUAGGCCACUUUCUGAAAUUCCUGUCCAUAUUAAUUUUUCUUGGAUACAUGUGCUAUCAUCAUCAAUAUUAUUUGCAUUAUCAUCAACGUUAUCACUGUUAUUUUCACCAGUAUUAUCAUUAUAACCAUAAAUUUUGAGUCAAAAUAAAAGCUCUUUGUUCCUUGGUACACAAGCAAAAUAAAGUGGAGGGAUAAUUCCCCCGUAGGAAAAAGUGAUUUUAAAAUCAGAGACGUUUUCUAGAAGAACAUUUUCUCAUCAAUUGCUUAGAAGGAGCAUGCUGUCUGGCUAAAAGUAAGAUUAAAUAGCAAUACAUAAAUAAGCAAAUGUCGUUUAUGCCUAAUGUUCACAUAGUGCUAAGCUUUAGAGCGGUGUUCUUCACAAUAGUCUCAUUACAAAUGACCUCAGUCAUCACUUUCAAAUUCACUGGAACGUACUAGCAGUGUUCCGAAGGAACUAUUCGACAAAAAAGCGUCUUACCUCUUGAAAAAUAAUCAUGCCAUUCCUUUUCUCCACAAAAAUCUUGUCCGCGAUUCAUGUACACACCUUUGCGACGGUUGAAUUGCUAAAACUGGCUCCAACAUUCCAAAAAGUGAUUAAUUUUAAACUUUGAAUCGGGCGCUAUUCGCACUAUUGUGUUUUCUCGCUAAUUGAAUAACGCGGGCGCACUGGUCAGCUGUUCAAAUAAACGUGGUGUAAAACAGUCAUGUAGUUCCGCACAAACGGAAGUAAUAACUUCACCUUUCUCAUUUUUUCUGUCUUUUCCCUUUUUUUUUUUCUUUCUAUCUUUCUUUACAUUUUUCUUCCGAGGUUCACACUUCGGUUUAACGUUUGUUAUGUUUUUCAGGUGAAUCACCUUAUCCUGGGAAAACGAAAUCAGAAAUAGCAGGUUUACUAGUAAAAGGAUACCGCAUGCCUAAGCCAGCCCACAUCUCUAAAGAACUGUGA